AUGCGCGUCCGCACCUGGCUAGCCGGGCCCGUCGUCGCGGCGUCUGUGGCCGCUGCCUCUGUCUCCGAUUCUCUCGGCGAUGGCAUCACACCCAGCCUGGAAGUUGCGCGCCGUCGAGGUCCCGAGAUAUUUAACGCCGUGCACAACUCCAUGCGACAAUGGGGAUCGUCGCUGCACCACAACGGCAUGUCCUCCUUCAUUGCUACAGUACCCAAGGGAGUUCUGUUACACCACGGGAAUACUAGUCCCAACUCGCCCACGCAACCAGACUGGCUGGCGUACGAGAUUGAACAUGCCGAGAACUUUGCGCAUAGUCGUCGUGGAGGACCCCCGGGCCGAGGUGGUCGCGGACCACCACCACCACAAGGUGAUGACCGGGAAGGCGAAAAGCAAAGAACCAUGAAAGAGUCGCACGGGACACUGGAGCUGAGGGGCGAAGAGCAUAAACAUGCCGAGGAGGAGGAGGAGGAGGAGGAGCGCCAUGGCUAUCUACACGUGUAUGAGACCACGCGCCCACUCAAGUUUCUCUACGUGGAUGGCAUGGGCGGUGGCAAGACCACGAUGGGCACGCUAGAUUGGCAGGACUACCUGCUCAGAGGCAAGACGCCGGCAAAUGACACGGACACUUGGGCUCACCCGCAGCGUGACGAGCCGCCACCACCACCAAAACGAAAGGGGCCGGGCGGUGGUGGCCCCAUGGACGAGCAGGAACGUGCCAAGGAUCUUUGCGCGCUGUGCAAGGAAUGGGGUUUGCAGGGCGUCAUUCGCAUGGAGGCUGGUUUCGAAAUCAUCAAGUGCGACUUCUCGGAUGGUCUGGAGCAGGUACAGGCGUUGCAGCGGCCUGAAGAUACGGACCGCAGACCUGGUGGGUUUGGUAACCUCGAGUUUGUUCGGGGUUUGUCGGAGCGGUACCAGGGCAUUGGUUCGACCAGAACCAUUAUUGACUAUUCUUCCAUGGUGUCAGCCUUCUUCUUCCCCGUCAACAUGACCAACCCGGACCCAAAGCGGCAGGACUUGCCCAGGCUUGUCUCGGUAGAGCAGACUCAGCUUGCAGAGAUCAAGAAGUACCUCGAGGGCGUGGUUUUGGAGCGGCGCGACGAAGAGGCCCGGAUUAUUGACUGGCAAGAUGUUUCGGACUUGAUUGUCGGUCGCUACGCAGAUCGCCUCAAGGACAUGGCCGAAGCAGUCGACAGUAUCGAGACCAUGGCCAACAAGGUCAACUUUUUGCUCACCCUCUUUGUUGACGGCUCCAACGUCGAGACGACCGAAGACGCCAUUGAUCGCUGCGCCAACUUUUACCUACGCUCUGUCCGCCCUGCCACCCAGUCGGAUCAUCUUAUUCACACGGCCUUCAAGACGGUUACACACGAGAUUUGCAGCACUCUGUUCAGAGUUCGUAAUAUUGUCGUUACGGACCCGGCGCCGGGCCGGUCCUCGCUGGCAGCCGCUCAGAGCGCAGUGGGGGCCUUGAUGCAAUCAUUGAGCUGGACCAGGUUCAAGCGGUGCCCGCCCUGCCCCAUCAACGAGGUUUGUGUCAUUCCCAUGUGGCCCAUGGGUACCGUGGAGGAAUACAACAACCCGCGCUGCUCCAACGGCUCCGAGGCUGAAGGAGGCGAGAGGUAUUGGGGCGGUGGUCCGGGUGGACCAAGAGGACCAGGUAAUGGUCGAGAUGGUGGCCCGCCGCCGCCAUUGUUUUCUUAG